UACUGGCGCGACAUCAUCACGCCAUCACAGUCAUCUUCUGCCCAUCGACCUGAGAGACUUCCACUUUCCAUCUUCUACCGUAAAUCACUUGGACCUGAAGUUGACCGGAUCGGCAUCGCCAGAUUCCAGGCACUAUGCCCCAAUCUAUAGCCAUGCUUCACUGGUAACGACACGGCACCUUUGACGUUGUUGAGAGCGAGCGAGCAAGCGACAAGCGGCUAGUAGGUGAAGCACAGCCCGUGUGCUCUCCGACUCAUAACGCGCUCGCAGGACUACUGAAAUCUGGACAGAGCUUCGAGGCAAAUCAACAAGUUCAGCGGGUUCGAGGUUGUAGUCGUCGUGCAUGUGAUUGCCGCCGCGUGUGAGACAUCACCCACUCUUGCCUGGUGAUUGCAGCACGACACCGGUAUUGUUCAUUCACCUGCCGACCUCAGAUCUGAGAUUGCUGUGUCGUGCACUGGGCAUGGCGUCUUCAGGCAAGCAACAUGACAUCGCAGCUUCGCAGCCAGCUCUGCUGCCCAUCAGAAGUGGUGCCCGCGCUACAUCGUCUAUCAAAAACAUAUCGAGCCGCGUACGAUCAUCUCUACCGCGGCGGCGCCUCAGCAUGGACCUGCCAGAGCGACUGAGGUUCGACGAGGCCGAGGAAGAGGAUGUGGACGAUGGCACUGGAGUCAAGGAUGGCUUUCCGGCGCGGAGCAUGUACGGAAUGCUUGCAGCUGCGCAGAGCAGGCCAAAUUUUAAGAAGCAAUUUACCCAGCAGGAAAGCGCGAGUGACAGUGAGGGCGAGGACGAUAAACACAAGAGGCGGAGUGUGGACCAGCGGAGGCCAUCGAAGGAGAUUUCGAGAGACGCUGACAAAGGCAGGAAACCCAGUGAAGAGGGCAGAACAUCGCCGAGGCCAGAAGAGAGCAGCAAGAGGCACAAAGCGCGGCUAUCAGUGAACAGGCUUGCCAGGUCUGUUCUCAGCAAACAUGAGCUGAAGCCCACCACAAAGCAGACGGAGUCGCAGGAGCAGGAUGCCAUGACAUCCAGCCAGAUCCUGCCUCCGAGGGUCCAGGAGACGACAUCAGAAGCGCGGGCAACAUUCGUGCGUCCGGACGCAACAGUGCUGGACCGAAAAUUGAAAGCCAUGGCACAGGCAGAACUGGACGCUUCGACGAGCACACUGACCAGCAGAAAGAGCAGAGAAGAAGGCAAGGCGUUCGGCGAAGUUGAAAGUGACAAGACCAACCAUUCGUUGGCUCACGUCAUUGCGGACAUUUUCCAGUUCGCAGAACCAGAGGAGGUCACAUCGGAAUUCCAAUGCUGGUAUCUGCAGAAUGUGCUGCUACAAGGCUUCAUGUACAUUACUACGAAGCAUGUCUGCUUUUACGCCUAUCUACAGAAGAAAACCACGAAAACGGUCAAGAGUGGACACCUCGGCAAGCUGGGGAAACACAGCUAUCGAUAUCGGAGGUACUGGUUCGUGCUGAGAGGAGAUUCCUUCUCGUACUACAACAGCUCUGCCGAGCCAUAUUUUCCCAACAACGUAGUAGACUUGCGAUACGCUAUAUCUGCGGAGCUCGCAGCGGUUCCUGGUAAGGAAGAGACCGCCUCAGAUUUCACGAUCACGACCCCUUCCAGGGUAUACCAGUACCGGGCAGAUAUGGUUUCAUCUGCAAAGGACUGGGUCAAGCAAUUACAGAAAGUCAUCUUUCGGACUCAUAACGAUGGCGACUCAGUGAAGAUCUCGCUCCCAAUCGACAGCAUUAUGGAUGUGGAACGCACGGGAGUGGUUGACUUUGCUGAGACCAUCAAGCUACGAGUUGUCGACAACGAAGAGACUUUCGCUAUUGAUGAAUACUUUUUCACGUUCUUCCAUCACGGGGAGGACGCGGUCAAAGCGCUUAUUGCACUCGCUGCGGGCAAUGGCGCGAAGAAGUUGCGUAUCGAGGGAGCAAUUAGUCCGUUAUCGAAGCACCGGUCUCCAGCAGGCAGAAAGAUGUCAUCGGCUGAGCAGUCGCCCCGUCUGAGUACCAUCAAGUCGACCUUGCUGCCGGCUUCUGCUGCUGAGCGCUCAGUAUCUCGAUCGAGCGGGGAAAGGCGAAGGCUGGAACGACGAGCAAGUAGCGAUCAUGGCGUUGACGUGUCCGACAGAGGCCGCACAUCUGCCAGCGCGCAGGGCAGGGAUAGUCGUAACGCUUCGAAGUCGCCCAUGUCGCCGUCCAUACAUGCAUCCAGUGAGAGUUUCGUUACCUCAUCAGAGCCACCCGACUCGUCCGUGGACGGAGACGCAAUGGACGCGGACAUGUCAGCAAGCCAGAUGCUAAGUGACGACCAUGUUUUUCGUGGGCCGACACUCAGGACGUCACAAGCUCGCCGGACGGCGGCGGGCCAGCCAGCCGGGCGACCACGACAGGUAUCAAGAGCCUCGUCGAGAGACUCAAGUGGAGAACGGGAUAGUAUUGCGCGUGUACAGGCUCCCUCGUGGCCAGCCACAUAUAGAAGUAUGGGUAACCAACGACCCACUCCGCAGCGCACUGAAAGCGGUGACUCUGCUCGCACGGCUGAACCAGACGACCGCCCUCGACCCGAACCAAGUGGACCAAAGCUCAUUCGUGGCAUAUCUACACCGCUUCAGCACGCUAUGAAUGUCGCUGGUGCGGUUCGUGCUGGCAGCAAGCGGGUGGGAUCGUACUUGAGUAGCAGUCCGAAGACAUACAUCACCAACUGGACAGAAGCCAUGGCUGGUGGAAAGAGGCACUACACAGAUAUCGAAGGUCUUGCCCAUGACGAAGGCGUACGUGAGCCUGAGCGGCAUCUCGACUAUGCCGAGCACGAACGCCGCUUUCAGGAACACUUUGGGCUGCCACCUACAGAAAAACUCGUUUCUGUGUUUUACUGCUGGCUGCACAAGACUGUGCCUCUUUGGGGCAAAAUCUACAUGGGCACACGCCGACUCUGCUUUCGGAGUCUAUACUACGGGACAAGCACUAAACUGAUCAUCCCAUACAAGGACAUCCUCAAUGUCCAGAAGCAGCGAGGGUUCCGCUGGGGAUAUCCGGGAAUGGUCCUUGUCAUUCGUGGGUACGAAGAGCUUUUCUUUGAUUUCCAGGAUACUGGUCUCCGAGACGACUGUGUCGUUAGCACUCUCCGCACUGUCGAAGUCGUGGAAGCUGCGGCUGAAUCCAUGAUACUCACCGAAGUGGAACAGCAGGAUGCCAGCGAGGCCGCUGCCGAAAACGCCUUGUUACGUGCAGCAAGACAGACUGGGCACGAUGAUGAAGAGGGGAUAUCCUUGCCUGAAGAGGUCGAUGCUCUCCCUGUAAUAUUCGAUGAUCCUUCAGCGUCUGUACUGGAGUUCAGGCCUAAGAAGUCUCUGAACAUUACUUGUCUGACGAUCGGAUCGAGAGGGGAUGUACAACCAUACAUUGCACUCUGUAAAGGACUCCUGGCCGAGGGACACAAGCCCACGAUUGCGACCCAUGCGGAGUUUCGAGGCUGGGUCGAAAAACAUGGGAUUGCAUUCAAAGAGGUCGAUGGAGACCCGGCGGAGCUCAUGCGGAUUUGUGUCGAGAAUGGAAUGUUCACGCCGUCCUUCUUCUUGGAGGCGAACUCCAAAUUCCGCUCUUGGCUGGACGAGCUCCUUGUUUCGUCGUGGGCGGCAUGCCAGGGAGCAGAUUUGAUCAUUGAGAGCCCUUCUGCGAUGAGCGGUAUACAUAUUGCCGAAGCUCUCGAGGUACCAUACUUCCGCGCCUUCACUAUGCCAUGGACGAGGACGAGAGCGUAUCCACACGCGUUCGCGGUGCCAAGCCAGAAGCGUGGUGGUGGGUACAACUACAUGACUUAUAUCUUCUUCGAUAACAUGUUCUUCGCUGCCAUUGCCGGGCAGAUUAAUCGAUGGCGUGGAAAGACUCUCAAGCUCGGACCCACUAGUCUGGACCGGCUGCAACAGAACAAGGUGCCGUUUCUCUACAACUUCUCGCCGAGUGUCGUGCCUCAGCCGCUCGACUUUAGCGACUGGAUCAAGGUCACUGGAUAUUGGUUUCUCGACGAAGGGGAAGACUACGUUCCACCGGCAGAACUCGCGGCAUUUAUCAAGAAAGCGCGAGACGAUGAACAGAAGUUGGUCUACAUUGGCUUUGGCUCUGUCACGGUGUCGGAUUCGCGUCAAUUGAUGCAGCAAAUUGUGGACGCAGUGGUCAAGGCAGACGUUCGUUGCAUCCUGUCGAAAGGCUGGUCCGAUAGAUUCGAAACAGCGGUCGCCGCAAGUCAGCCAGCAUUGGUGUUGCCGUCUUGCAUGUACGAGAUUCGAGCUGCUCCACAUGACUGGCUCUUCAAGCAAGUUGACGCCGUCGUCCACCACGGCGGAGCCGGCACGACGGGAGCGUCUCUGCGGUGCGGUGUUCCCACCAUCAUCAAGCCAUUUUUUGGCGACCAAUUCUUCUUUGCGACGCGCGUGGAAGACCUUGGGGUGGGACAGCAUCUGAAGAAGGUGACGGGCAAUCAGCUCGGUCGGGCACUGUGGUACGCGACACAUGAUGAGCGCAUGCGGAGCAAGGCGAGAUUGUUGGGCGAGGCGAUUCGAAGCGAGAAGGGAGUGGACACGGCGAUCAAGGCGAUCUAUCGGGACAUGGAAUAUGCGAAGAGUCUGAUUAAGAAGAAGAAGCAGCAACAGGCGCACGGGGCCACGACGUCGACUUCUUCUGACGGGGCGAAUGCGAGUAUCGAUCUCUCGGAAGAUACAGAAGAGAAUUGGACAUUUGUCGAAAUGGAGGGAGAAGCGGCGGCGGCGGCGGCGGCGGCGGCAGCAGCAGCAGCUGAAACGGAAGCAUUUGGUGCUCUUGCUGCAGAACUUGGUGGCGGCGGGGCAGAGUCAUGUCUGCCAAGGUCGAGCUCGAAGGCGUUGCAUGGGCAGCGCAGUCAUUCUUCUUCUUUUCGUUCUUCUUCUUCUUCUUCUUCCUCUUCUUCUUCUGCCGCUGCUAUUGCUAGUGGACAGCACAGUAGGGCGGGGGGAGUGGCGGUGCGGGGUGGUCGUUCGUAGUGUGAACGACUAGGAUUCCGUAGCACGAUGAGGUCUACAGUGGGAGGGAGGGAGGAGAGGGGGAAGGGGGAGUGGCAGAGGAGAAGAGAUACUUUGUGAAGGUUGGUGCUGCAUGAGCGACUCGGGAGUGCAUGGGGAAGCAUAGAUGGUUUUCAUUGUUUAGCGCGGCGUUGAGGGAGAGGGCGAGAGACUGGGAAGAGGAUAUAGAUGUGAGGUUGGCUUGAGGUACCUAAGGAGGUAAGGUACCGUAAGUAUGCAGACACGAGGUCAUGAUAGCAACGCCCAAUGGAGAUUUUCAUCCCAGUGAACGAGUCUCUCUCUCUCUC